UCCAGAAAGAGAACAAACCAAAGAUGAGAGUGCUGGGAGUAGCCGUUGCCCUCCUACUCUGUGGGCAGCUUUUUGCAGAUGUUGGCAAUGAGGUCACAGAUACGACAGAUGACAGCUGCCCAAAGCCCCCUGAAAUUGCAAAUGGCUAUGUGGAACACAUGGUUCGCUAUGGGUGCAAGCCCUACUACAGACUGCGCACUGAGGGAGAUGGAGUGUACACCUUAAAUGGCGAGAAGCAGUGGGUCAAUAAGGCCCUUGGAGAGAAGCUUCCUGAAUGUGAAGCAGUAUGUGGAAAGCCUAAGCAUCCAGUGGUUCAGCUGCAACGGAUCAUAGGUGGAUCUCUGGACGCCAAAGGCAGCUUCCCGUGGCAGGCUAAGAUGAUCUCUCACCAUAAUCUCACUUCGGGGGCCACACUGAUCAGUGAACAAUGGCUGCUGACCACAGCUAAAAAUCUCUACCUGGGUCACACGAAGGAUGCAAAAGCAAAAGAUAUUGCCCCAACUUUAAAACUCUACUUGGGGAAAAAUCAGCUUGUGGAGAUCGAGAAGGUGGUUUUCCACCCUGACAUCGCCAAGGUGGACAUUGGGCUCAUUAAACUUAGACAGAAGGUGCCCAUCACAGAGAGAGUGAUGCCCAUCUGCCUGCCUUCCAAAGACUAUGCAGAAGUGGGGCGUGUGGGCUACGUGUCUGGCUGGGGGCGGAAUUCCAACUUCAAUUUUACUGAGCAUCUGAAGUACGUCAUGCUGCCUGUGGCUGACCAAGACAAGUGUGUGGAGCACUACGAAGGCAGCACGCAGCCUGAAAAGAAGACACCAAAGAGCCCUGUGAAUGUACAGCCCAUACUGAAUGAGAACACCUUCUGUGCUGGCUUUUCCAGGUAUCAGGAAGACACCUGCUAUGGUGAUGCGGGCAGUGCCUUCGCUGUUCAUGACGUGGAUCAGGACAUCUGGUAUGCAGCUGGCAUCCUAAGCUUUGACAAGAGCUGUACUGUGGCCGAGUAUGGCGUGUAUGUGAAGGUGUCCUCCAUCUUGGACUGGGUUCAGAAAACCAUAGCUGACAACUAGUGCAAAGCUGGCUGGAAGCACUUAAGAUUUAGCUCUGGAUGGGGGAAAACUAGAUGGGAGCCAGGGGAUAUAGUGGGAUGAGCUGGUGGGUCCCCAUCCUGCACUGCUGAGUCAAUCAAUAAAGAGAUAUUUUA